UCCCACGACGACGUUCGUGAUCAACUGACUAAUCCGUUAUUAUAUUUCUGUAGCAUUUUGCUUCUUUUAAGGGCAAAGUCUGCGUGCUAGUCCGAGAUGCCGAAUCGCCGAUGAAGUCUAGCACCACCUUCGCAGUAGAGAUCCAGCAAGAUGCCGUGGACGCCGCCGACAAGCCGGAUGGCGGCGUGCCCCGGCCAUCUCGGGUCCGCCAUCUCGCUCUUCUCACCGCCACCUUCUGCGCACUGGUCUUCUACGCGCACUACGGCGUACCAGGCAGCAUGGCGUCCGCCCUGUUUAAGCCGCCCGUCACCGUUUCAUCCCUUCCCUCGCUGGCCAGCGUCACCAUCGACCGAAACUCCGGACGGGCUGAGCAGCCGGUGAUGCUGGCCGAGGAACAUGCACCGCUCACUCCUCAGGCGACGGUGCUGGAGGCCAAUCGGAGCACGGCUAUGCCGGCGCCGACGCCGACGGACCGUUGCGACGGGCGGUACAUCUACAUGUACGACAUGCCGCCGCGCUUCAACGACGACCUCAUCCGAGACUGCGGCAAGGGCAGGCUCCACCCAUGGUUGGACAUGUGCCCGUACGUGGCCAACGACGGCAUGGGCCAGCAGCUGGCCGACGACGGGGGCGUCUUCCCCGGCCGCGGCUGGUACUCCACCGACCAGUUCAUGCUCGACCUCAUCUUCCACGCGCGGAUGAAGCGCUACGAGUGCCUGACCAAGGAUGCCUCCCUCGCUGCCGCGGUCUUCGUCCCCUUCUACGCCGGCCUCGAAUCCGGGAGGUACCUCUAUAAUUACAGCAUCUCGACGCGAGACGCGCUCCAGCUCGACGCCAUCGACUGGCUGGUGCGUCGCCCCGAGUGGCGGGCCAUGGGGGGCCGUGACCACUUCUUGGUGGCUGGCCGGACCACGUGGGACUUCCGGCGGGAGGCCGACGUCGACGAGCUGUGGGGCACCAAGCUGCUCACGUACCCGGCCGUCGAGAACAUGACGGCCUUCGUCCUGGAGACAUCCCCGUUGACAGGGAGCAACUUCGCGGUGCCGUACCCGACGUACUUCCACCCUGAGGCCGCCGCCGAUGUGCUCGCCUGGCAAGAGAGACUUCAGAAGGUGGGGCGGAGGUGGCUCUUCUCCUUCGCCGGCGCCCCACGGCCCGGCAGCAAGAAAACCGUCCGCGCGCAGAUCAUCAGGCAGUGCCGCGCGUCCAGCCUCUGCAACCUCUUCCACUGCGGCGGCGUCAUCGGCGGCGGUGCGGCCGACUGCAACUCGCCUGCAGGCGUCAUGCGCGUCUUCGAGACGUCGGACUUCUGCCUGGAGCCGCGCGGGGACACGGCGACGCGGCGGUCAACGUUCGACGCCAUCCUCGCCGGCUGCAUCCCGGUCUUCUUCCACCCCGGGUCGGCGUACACUCAGUACACGCUGCACUUUCCGAGGGACCACGGGAGGUACUCGGUGCUCAUCCCGCACGCCGGCGUUGCCGCGGGGAACGUGAGCAUCGAGGAGACCCUGAGGAAGAUCCCGCCGGAGGAGGUGAGGAGGAUGCGGGAGGAGGUUGUCCGGCUCAUCCCGAGGGUGGUGUACGCGGACCCCAGGUCCCGGCGCGUGGGCUUCAGGGACGCAUUCGAUGUCGCGCUGGAGGCCGUCAUCGGUCGGGUGGCGAAGCGGCGGCGGGGCGAGGCCGCCGGCCGGUAGCAGUGGCACUAGUCGCCAUCGACGGUUCUGCACGCUAUUGUGCCGUGCUGAAUCGAGUCCAACAAUUUCAGGAUUACGUGCGCGAGUGGAACGACUUUUCCCUUUCUGGUUUCGUGCCUGGAGUUCCGGAUCGGGUCGUAACCGUGUAAUCAGCUAAAGCUUUGUUGAGCACAAGAAACUGCUAGGGAAAUGAUCGGCCGACCAGCCUCGUGCUUCGCCGGCAGGGACCACGGACGCCACGAGUCUCGCGGGGCCACGUACGUGGGCGGCUUCUUCAGAUUUUUCUGUCCCCGCUCAUUCUACAACUGUUCUUUUGAAAUAGAUUUCGCUUCGCUUUAUGUAUAAAGCAAAGAUUAUAAAUACACAA